CCACCCCACUCUCACACAGGGGACAGAGAGGGGCCGGGAGGGAAGUAUAAGAGCGAGAGUGGAAAGAGGCGAGCCGGACAUUUGCCAUGACGAGAGACAGACAGCGGUGUCACAGCCCGCAGCCCAGGGGCUGAUACACUGAAGGGGACCGCUCCUCUGCCGUGUGUGCGUGUGCACGCACGUCGCGUGUGUGUGCGUGAGCCUGGCAGCAUCACCGCUCGGCCAAACUUGGAUUCAUUCUUCACUGGGGAGCUGGACCCCACUCGCUCUCUCACUCUCUCUCUCUCUCCUUCACUUUACCUCCAUCCUUCCAAAACAUCACCGGACAGCUGCCGUUUAACCCCCAGGUAAGGACACCUCGGCCACAAUCAGCCAAUGGAGGCUGUGAGCAUCUCUUCUUGGCCUGUACAAAGUAGUGGGAUCUUGCUUAUCGUUCAGCAUGGAGAACUUAACAGUGGGAAGGACGGAGGGAAUCCAUAUAACCUGCAACACAUCCGGCAGACACAGCUACAUUUACACGCUCAUUCCUGUUGUCUACGGCUGCAACUUUGUCAUCGGCAUCGUGGGAAAUAGCAUGGUGGUGGCCGUCAUUUACUGCUAUAUGAAGCUGAAGACAGUGGCAAACAUCUUUGUGCUUAACCUGGCCGUGUCCGACCUCACCUUCCUCAUCACCCUGCCCAUGUGGGCCACCUUCACCGCCAUGGGCUACAACUGGCCUUUUGGCGGGUUCCUGUGCAAGGCGAGCGCCGGGUUGACCAUCUUCAACCUCUACACCAGCAUCUUCUUCCUCACCUCGCUCAGCAUCGACCGCUACCUGGCCAUCGUGCACCCUGUGCGGUCGAGGCAGCGGCGGACGGUGGUGUACGCCCGCAUCACCUGCGUCCUCAUCUGGGCCUUUGCCUUCCUGCUGAGCCUGCCCACGGCGCUCAGCCGCGACGUCUUCACCAUCAACCACCCCAACACCACCGUCUGCGGCACCCUGGACAAGCACGAGCUCAGCCACGUUCUGGUGGCCAUAGGCCUGAUGAAGAGCGUCCUGGGCUUCCUCAUUCCCUUUGUCAUCAUCGUCACCUGCUACUGCCUGAUUGGGCGGGCCCUGCUGGAGGCCCGGCGCGUCCAGAGCAGCCGUUCCCGAGGCGACGAGGUGCUGCAGAUGCUGGCCGCCGUGGUGCUGGCCUUCUUCCUGUGCUGGGUGCCGCACCAGAUCUUCCACUUCAUGCACGUGCUGGCCCUGCUCAAGGUGAUCGAGAACUGCCCCACGCUGGACAUCAUCGACACCGCCUUGCCCUUCACCAUCUGCAUCGCCUACUUCAACAGCUGCAUGAACCCCAUCCUGUACGGCUUCGUGGGGCGAAACUUCCGCCGGAACCUCCUGCGGCUGCUGAGGUGCGGGCCCGGCUCCGCCCCCAGACACUCCCACCCCAGCCUCACCACCAAGAUGAGCACCCUCUCCUACCGCGCCUCAGAGACGCUGCGUCUCACCUCUGGCAAAGCCGCCUCUUCGCAGCCCGCCAAGUGAGGGGAGGACGUUGGCGACACUCUGCACACCUGUCCCAGUACAAUCGGGGGGUUUGGAGGAGUGCUGCACCAUUACAGAAUCCAACGGCAUUGCAGCGUGCUUAAGUCUUGUGUUGAAUGUCGCUGCAAAAAGAGUGUUCUUUUGCCAGGUCACUGCAAACUUAACCGAGAGAAAGGGGCACAAAGUGAAGUACCUGACAGACUUCAGGCCAGCCGUUAAAAAGGGGAAUGGACUGGUGCUGAACAGCAAAGAAACCUAUACAGUAUAUGAGAAAUUCCUUUCUGCCUGGGAAGCUCCCAUGCAGUUUAAGGGUGAAGCUCUGUAUGCCUCAAUGUAAUCUUAAAAUUCCCAGGUUAUAAUUUAUUUUGGAUUCGGAAGAGAGAUUAUGGAAAAUCCCAUCCAAUAUCAGAUCCACUCUUUUUUUUUUUGUUCCCAAAUUUCAAAGUCUAUAUGAUUGCUAUAUGAAGUUAUAACUUAUAGUAAUUUAUUAUCUGUGGUGAUUUGAUGUACAUUUAAUGGCAGAAAACAGAAAAUGCUAUUGAUGAAAUUACAGAUCUUUUUAUUUCUGUUUGAAACAUAAUUACCUUGAUUAAGUCAAGAGGAAGUGCGUGGUUAGAUUCAAUAGAACAGCAAAGUGUUGUCCUGAGAUUUUGAGUGAUGGAUUGAACACACAUUGUUAGUCACACACCAAACACAUGUUUUGUGAGGUCUGAAAAAAAACUAGGCAUGGCUGUAAAUUCAUCGCCUGUAAGUCCUGACAAGAACAUUUCAGUCAGAAAGUGCACAUUUGUCCGAGUUACUUUGGGUACAGGAAUGUUCUGUUUGUCCAAAUCCAACAUCUGCCAGACAAAAUGGUAUGUAGCUUUAUGUCCCUGACAUAAAAAUGUGUCUGAUUGACACAAAUCUUUUUCCCUGAAAGGUUUACAUUUGGAAGGCUUAAACUGUUUUACUUGCGUAUAUUUCUAUUUUAAUGAUGUAUGUGGGGAAUACGUUGUGUGAAACUGAAUGAGGAGCUGACGGACACUUUUGAUUGAAAUGUGGUUCAAUUCAUUUAAUUUGUGUGUGUGUAUGUGUGUAUAUAUAUAUAUAUAUAUAUAUAUAUGUGUGUGUAUGUGUGUGUUUUUACUGACCAUGGUACAUGUCAGUGAUUUGUGCAUGACUGUGCAAAUGUUACAUAGGUACUACUUCACCUCAUUAGUCAGGGAGGAGUAAACCCAGGUGAUAAGGUAAUAACUUUCAUUUUGGUCGUCAAGACUGGUGAAUGUUUGUUUCCGUGUUUUCAGUCUUCGAUUCACAUGCACACAUCGCUAUAUUUUGCCUGGUUUUACCGUAGAACUGAUUAAAGGAAGACUCUGAAGGGCUUUUAUGGAACAAUGAUUAUGGUUCAAUUAGAAUAUUAAAAAUGAGGCUUAUCGGUGAACCGCUGAGCAAAACGGAAAUUAAUUGUACACUGACCAUUGCAUCACCUACCCGGGAGAAAUGAAAUGUUACAGGACACAAGGGACACUAGACUUGAACUCUUAUGGAACUGGACUUGCAAUCGCAAGUUUGAAUUCCAGGGGGUGGGGGGGUAGGCUGCUACCUUUGUACCCCUGAGCCAAGACUGGAACCUGAAGUGCAUCCGUAUAGCAUCCAGCUGUAUAAAUGGAUAAUAAAUUAAAGGCAAGCUCUGUUAGUCACCGUUGGGUGUUUGUUAAGGAAAUAUCCAUCAUUCUAAACCUAGGUGGAGUGAAUUUUACUGUAAAAAGUUACUGUUGAACUUGUCAGGCCUCGCCUGUGUAUUCCCGUUAGUUCUGAGUGCAGUCUGUGAAAUAUGUGAUGUUUAAAAUGUGCUGGUGUCUUGUUAAAUAUUUUAUUUUUUGUACGUGUACAUUCCAUUAUAAAUGAAUAUAUUAAAAUAAAUAUUUCCACACAGUGA